GUUGCAGGGAAAGAAAAAUGGGAACUCACAGCUGGACAUGGUUUCUUUUGUCUGCUUUCUUUUUUCAUCUCGCAAAUCAGACAGUGUUUCUAUCAAACAAUGAUGCCAAUAAAGUUAUUGCAAGAUCAAAGCGUGGCUCUUCUAUGUUUCUUGAAGAGAUCUUUGAAGGUAAUUUGGAAAGAGAAUGCCUUGAAGAAAGAUGUUCAUAUGAAGAGGCAAGAGAAGCAUUUGAAGAUAUUGAAAACACGGACCAGUUCUGGGUUGGCUAUUUUGGUGGUGUAAGAUGUUCCUCAAGCCCCUGCCUGCAUAAUAGUGUGUGCAAGGACAGCAUUCGCAGUUACACAUGUGAAUGUACAGAUGGUUUUGAAGGAAUUAACUGUGCUUUUGCUAAAAAUGAAUGUCGUCAUGAAAUGAAUGAGGGCUGUCAACACUUUUGCUAUCCAGAAGCGAACACUGUCCGCUGUUCAUGUGCAGAAGGCUAUGAACUUGGGCAAGAUAAGAGAUCAUGUAUUCCACUGGACAAGUGUGCAUGCGGUAGACUUGAAGACUACAUACUAACGCAGCUGAAUGCAACCAAAAAGAACCAUAGAGGAUUCCCUUGGCAGGUUCUACUCUUAAAUGCAGAAGGAAAAUUGUUAUGUGGAGGUGUUCUACUGAAAACCAAUUUUGUUCUGACUACAGCUGAAUGUGCACUACUUUCUCCUGUCACUGUUGUAGUUGGAAUCAACAAGCUGCAAAGAGGUAGACAAGUGAUAAGUGUGAAACAAAUGAAUAUACAUAUCCGCUAUGAGAGUAACACCGGAGAAAACAACCUGGCAUUACUUGAACUCAGCAGACACAUUAAUUGCGACAUCUACCACCUACCCAUAUGUGUUCCAGAAAAGGAUUUUGCAGAGCAUGUGCUGAUUUCAGGACUGGCAGCUACACUGAGUGGCUGGAAAGUAGUGGAAAACCAGUCAACAGAUCCAUUCGCUGAGCAGUCUGUUUCAUAUCUCAAUGAAAAUGAAUGCAAAGGGAUCCUCAACAGAAGUCUAAUAACCAGGGAAUACUGUGGAUACAGUAAUGAGGGAGCAGGUGAACUAUUGGCUGGAGGAAGCUUUAGUGCCGUGGACUAUAAGGGCACCUGGUUUCUGACUGGCAUUUUAGAACCCCGGGCCACAGAAGCAAGUAUGUGGGAAACACUUAUAUUCACCAAAACAACAAGGUAUAAGAUGUGGUUUAAACGGAUAAUGGACUAAUCAAACGCAAAAGUGGCAAACCACGACAAAGUAUGGCAAAUGUAGAAUUCACAAGCACAAGUUAGGUGUAAAUAUUAUGUAUAAGUAUUAAAAUAAAGCUCUUAUCACAAUUA